AUGGCUCACGAUCCUCUCAGUACGCAUCACCAGAGCCGCGACCGUCGGGCCUUUGUCAACGGGGAGCUCAUCAGAGGCAAGACAAACGGCGACGAUGCUGUCUACGCCAGCGAUUAUUUCAUCUGUACCAACGACGGUGUGGGAGCCUGGGCGACCCGUCCGAGGGGGCAUGCUGGACUCUGGUCAAGACUGAUUCUCCAUUUCUGGUCGGCUGCUAUUGAGGAGCAGCGCAUUCGCUGUCUCUCAUCAGAGCCUCCUCAAGAGCCUGACCCGGUUGCCAGUCUGCAGACCGCGUACGAACAGACCCUCGAGGCGACAACGUCACACGACUGCUUAGGUACAACGACAGCCUGUGGCGCGCAGUUGCACUUCAAAACCUGCCCAGACGACGAGGCGCAAACAUCGCCUGUUCUCUAUGUAACUAACGUCGGCGACUGCAAGGUCAUGGUCCUCCGGCCAAGUGCCGAGAGGGUGAUUUACAAGACGGUGGAGCAGUGGCACUGGUUCGACUGCCCGCGGCAGCUGGGGACCAACAGCCCCGAUACCCCUAACGACAAUGCGGUUGUGGACAAGGUCGACCUAGAAGUUGGCGACAUUGUGCUUGCGAUGAGCGACGGGGUAAUCGACAAUCUCUGGGAGCAUGAGAUUGUAACAAGGAUACUCAAGAGCGUGAGGGAAUGGGAGUCUGGGGAGCACGCAGAGGCCCACCAGGGUGAUCGCACUGGCGGUCGCAACGGAGGAAUGAGGAUAGCGGCGCAAGAUCUUAUGGCUGCUGCAAAGGAGAUUGCCGUGGAUCCUUUCGCCGAAAGUCCAUUCAUGGAGCAUGCGAUCGAGGAAGGCUUGGCGAGUGAGGGUGAUAUUUGA